CUCCUUUUUAUUAGCCCCUGUAAAGGACUAAAAUCUGUAAUUUUAAAACCAGGUGGGUAAAGUAAAACCACACUGUGAAAUCGCACAUUCCGGAAUCUCAAUCCCCGAAAAUUUAAGAAAUAACUUUUCUAGGAGUCUUUUCUUACGAUUCUGAUCCCUGAUCUGCAUGGAUUUAAGAUCGGAGCGGAGCACUGCAUUGGUGGUUACUGAUGACGCAAGUUAUGCCCGUAAUGCGCUGGAUGCAAUUUGGUCUUCUGAGAACGAAGACCCUAAACGCUUGGACCCUCUAAUUAUCUUUCAAACUUCUUCUUUAGCUCGUCUGCCAUUGCAAUCAUCCUAUGUAGACCAGGUCAUUUUCUUCACUAGGUCAGUUGAAUUCCCUGUUGAUGAGUUGUAUGCCGAAAUCUUUAGAGUUAUGACUCCUGGUGGGAAACUGGUGGUUUAUCGAAGUUUUCAGAUUGAGAUAAGUGAAGUAGAGACGGCAUUGUCUGCUUUGGAGCGCAAGUUGCUAUUGGCAGGUUUUCUAGAAGGGGAACGUUUUCAACUUAAAAAAAUUGCUCACACUGUUGGGAUUAAGGCUAAGAAGCCAUCUUGGAAGAUUGGAUCUUCUUUUGCCAUCAAGAAGACCGUGAAAAGUCCAUUGAAAAUUCAGAUGGACGAUGACUCAGAUCUCAUUGAUGAAGAUUCCCUCUUAACUGAAGAGGAUUUGAAGAAACCCCAAUUACCUACUGUUGGUGACUGCGAAGUGGGAAGCACAAGGAAAGCCUGCAAGAACUGCACUUGUGGAAGGGCCGAACAGGAGGAGAAAGUACAGAAGCUAGAACUGAGUGCUGAUCAGUUGAACAAUCCUCAAUCAGCUUGUGGCAAUUGUGGACUAGGUGAUGCAUUUCGCUGCAGUACAUGCCCAUACAAGGGUCUUCCACCAUUCAAGCUGGGCGAGAAGGUAUCUCUGUCAGGGAACUUCCUUGCAGCUGACAUUUGAACUCCCAAAUGAUGGAUUUUUGGCCCAAAUUUUAGUUUUUGGACACCUCAAAACAUUAGAUACUGGUUUGGCUUAGUGGUUUAAUGUGGAAGUUUAAAAAAAUACAUGCAGUUCUUAUGUUAGUGUUCAAGUGGAUAUUUUAUUUUUAAUGACGAAUAUAAUUAUUUUAUCGGUUGAA